AUGUCUAAGAACAUGCCGCGCGACGUUAUCACAGGUAGCUUCCGUUUUAUACAAUGGCAAGAGCUCUACAAGCGCGAAAAGCCGUUCCAAGUCCUCACACAAAUCCCGCCUGAAGCCGAAGAUCAACGCGACAACAAUCUCAUUUUCAAAGAUGAGCAAGUCGAAGUUAGAGAUGUUCGAUCUAUGAGCAUCCCACCAACGCUAGACACCUACGGUUUUAUGUUCCGAAAGCAUGCGCUCUCCUGCGCUGAUUUCGGAAGCCGCCGCGCCGUAGAAGAGACAUACUUCCCCGAAGUGGAGCGCUUGAUGAGACAAGAAGUAGAGGAUCAGAGUCCAACAGAUGCCCUGAACCGGGUAAUGCUUCAGCUAGAGGAGCAUGCUCCAAUUCUACUGAAGGACCGCGUUCGAGUAAUCAAUAUAUGGCGACCUCUUGUCGGGCCCAUAGGAGAUUGGGCCCUUGCACUUUGCGAUGGGAGUACCGCGGAACCGAACGACUUCAUCGAGACUGAUCACAUCCGACGCCAUUACACCGGUUCUUCGAUGUACUUGCAGAAGAAGCCUGGCCAGGAGUUCUACUACAUGAGUCGGCAGGAUAGAGGUGAUGUAUUAUUCCUCAAGAUCUUCGACUCGAAGAAGAGCGUCAGAGCGCCGUAUAAGUAUUUCCCGCUAGCAAUUGGAACUCCCGUAUAA